GAUCAAGGAGCCAGGAGGCUGCCAGUAGAUGUGGGGGGCAACGGAUGCAGAGCCAGGGCCCCGAUUCCCGCCUUUCCCUGGGAUACCCAUGGAGCAUCUCACCCUUCUCCUUCUCAUCUCCCUCUUCUUCUCCUGCGGAGCCCAAGGACCCCCGGAGUGCUGGGAACAAGCCGUGUCUGCCAAUGGAACGCUGGAGCUGCUGCCAAAGAAGCCCAUGAGGGAAUGGGCAAGAGUCAAAUGGAGAAUGGGACCGAGUGCAGGGUCCUUCCAGCUGAUCCUGAUGGCUGAGAGGAAUAAAUCUGCCUCUGUCCCCAAGGGUUCUUUCUCCGGGAGAGCAGUUUUCCAGGAGGAGCCCCUUUCCCUGCGGAUCAGCCCGGUUCACGCAGCCGACGCUGGGCAUUACGAGGCAGAGUUUGAGCACCCAUCCGGUGGUGUCAUCACCCGGUGCUUCAGCGUGUCGGUGUGGGAGCCCCUUCAGCCCCCCCAUCUGGAGACACGAGUCCUGCACCAGGAGCGGGGCUGGUGCAACCUCUCGCUGCUCUGCACCGCGCCCGGCGCCGGCCCCGUCUCCUACAGCUGGUCCUGCACCGGGGAUGCUGCGGGAGCACCGGAGCCGUGGCCCCGGCUGCACCGGCAGGUCCAUGCGGAUGCCGACCCCACGGUGUGCGGCUGCAACGUGAGCAACCCGGCGAGCUGGAGCACGGCCAACACCAGCAUCUCGGCAGCUUGUCGCGCCGCGGCCGCAGGCGCUUCGAGGUACUACUGCAGAAUGAAGGGGCUGCUCUGUCUGCUGGUGCUGGGCAGCCUGGUCGCAGCCGUGGCCGUCACACAUAUCCUCAUCUGGCAGCAGGGAUCCCAUCCCUGCGGUGUGCCUGGCUCUUCGUCUGCUGGGUAGGAUCCCCCCAAAGUAGGAGCCUGCAAAGCAGCCACCAGCCCCUGCUCCACUUUGUGCAUCAGCUCCAGCCUCAAACACCCCAAGAAAUGAGCUGCUUUAAGCCAUGGAGAGCUGUUAACCCGCCUAAGCAUGGAUCAAAGGAAAAUAUACUCUUCUUCCCCUCA